AAGAAGGAUUUGCGUUUUUGUGAAGAGCCUGAGCCGAGUCUGAGUUCCCUUAUCCUCAAUUCGUAUUCUGUUACAAACACACAUUGCUCUCGCUUCUUCUGCAUCUUCUUCUUCAACAACAACAAUUCCUCCUAUUCCAUAAUUCCAUGACAUGACACCCUUCACUUACAGUCACAAUCUCAAUCUCGUUGAUAACGUUGUCCUUUGCUACAACCACUAGAAUGUCGUGUUUGUUGCCGCACUUCAAUUGCCACCUCGACACUUUCAGGAACCAUCCAUCUGCUCUUCCUACCCAUCUAUCAAGAACAAGAUCAAAUUUCUGUUUCCAGCCGCAAUGUCUAUUGUCCCCCACGUCGUCUUCAACUCUGCUUAAUUUGGAAAAGAAGUUGGUAUUGGAUGCUCCUUCUGAUCCAAACACGUCUUGGCCCUAUGUCACGGCUGUUGCCCCUCCCACGCAGGCAAACUUUAAAUCAACCUUAUCUACGGAAUCACUUCUUACUAAUGAAGAGGCUGUAAUAGCUGCUGCUGCAUCUGAAGCCCUUGCUCUUGCUAAAGCAGCCGUGAAGGUUGCAAAGGAUGCAGCUUUACUAGUAAAAAAGAAGCCCCAAGCAGAAUCAGAGUAUAAAUCCCAUGUUUCUUCCAAGUCUGAUGAUUUAUUUCUCAAAUGGUUUCAACAUAUGGAUGUGGAAAAUGGUGUAGCAGGGGAAUCCAUGGGUGCUGGAGCAGAAAUGGUGGAAGGUGUUGACCUAAGCCCCAGCGAAGAGGAAUCCGAUGUAGAACCUUCGCAUGAGGAACUUGAGCGCCUGCAGGAACAACUUUCCAACAGUAUAGCCGUAAGAUCUAAGCGCCAACCAGAAAGAAAAGCUAAAAGAGACAGAGCAGCAGAGAAGGCUUCCACAAAUGUUGCAUCUUUUAAGCCAGGCUCCUCCAGCAGAAGAAAGCGUGUUUCUGUGCAAGAAAUAGAUUAUUCAGACCCACUUCGUUACUUAAGAACAACAACCAUGACUUCUAGACUUCUCACCUCAACUGAAGAAAUCAAGUUGUCAGAAGGAAUACAGGACCUUCUAAAGCUUGAAAGACUCCAGGAGGAUCUUGUAGAAAGAUGUGGUGGUCAGCCCACAUUUGCCCAAUGGGCUGCAGUGGCAGGGGUAGAUCAGAAGACACUUAGGAAACGCUUAAAUUAUGGUAGAUUUUGCAAAGACAAAAUGAUUAAAAGCAAUAUAAGACUUGUCAUAUCAAUUGCAAAGAAUUAUCAGGGAUCUGGGAUGAAUCUGCAAGAUCUUGUCCAGGAAGGAUGUCGGGGCCUUGUAAAAGGUGCAGAGAAGUUUGAUGGUACCAAGGGUUUUAAAUUCUCCACCUAUGCUCAUUGGUGGAUUAAACAGGCCGUUCGGAAAUCACUUUCUGAUCAGUCAAGAACUAUUCGCUUACCAUUCCACAUGGUGGAGGCGACUUACAGAGUGAAGGAGGCCAGAAAACAAUUGCUUAGUGCAAAUGGAAGACAACCUGAUGAUGAAGAAGUUGCUGAAGCAACUGGAUUGUCUAUGAAGAGGCUUACUGCUGUGCUUUUGACUCCGAAAGCUCCCAGAUCUCUGGAACAGAAGAUUGGAAUCAACCAAAAUCUUAAACCUUCAGAAAUAAUUUCUGAUCCUGAUGCCGAAUCAGCUGAAGAACAGCUCCUUAAGCAAUUCAUGAAGAAGGACCUGCAAGAGGCACUUGACAGUCUUAGUUCAAGGGAGAGGCAGGUGGUAAGAUGGAGGUUUGGUAUGGAUGAUGGAAGGACGAAGACCCUCCAAGAGAUAGGGGAGAUGAUGGGUGUGAGUAGGGAGAGAAUUAGGCAAAUUGAGUCGAGUGCUUUUAAGAAGCUUAAGAACAAGAAGAGAACCAAACAUUUCCAGCAGUAUUUGGUUCCAUAACCGUACCAAAUAUUGAUAUUAAACCGCUGUAUGAGUUAGCUUCUUCCAUACUUGUGAGGUUCCUCCAUUUUUUCCCCAUUCUCCGAAAGAGAAGACAACAUUAUUUUUAGCAUGCUAGGAAAUGAAUGUACACAAAGGAAUAACUUAUGAUGAAGAGUCCACCAUUUUUAAUGUA